AUGGAUUUAGCUUUAAGGGAUGUGGGGUUUGAUGCUUCAAUGAUAGCAGCUAUUCACGACAUGCUAGACUUCGCCACCGACGACACAGGAUUUGAAAGGGAUCAGAGGCCCUACCAGCCGUCCCGCGCCUACGUUCGCGACAAUAAGGCCAUGAGAAACACUCCCGCAGACGUUGUCGAAUACACAAACGCGUACCACUUCAUCGUCGACAUGCCCGGCGUCAAGGGGGAUCAAAUCAAGGUGCAGGUUGAGGACAACACACUCGUAGUUAGCGGGGAGCGGAGGAGAGAGAAAGAGCACAAAGAUGGAGCUAGCUUUAUUAGCAUGGAGAGGAGGCAUGGCAAGUUGAUGAAGAAGUUUGUCUUGCCGGAGGACGCGAAUAAGGAUGCGAUUUCGGCGUUUUAUCAGGAUGGUGUGCUUACGGUUGUGGUCGAGAAGCUGCCGCCGCCAGAGGCCAAGAAACCGAAGACCAUUGAGGUCAAGAUCGGCUCGCACCUGCCACAGGGUCAGGAAACACCGGGCCAGGAAGGUAGGACUGGCUCUGACGAAGCACAAGCUCAAGAAGCACAGACACUAGGCCAGGAAGUAAGGACUGGCUAA